GCGGCGGCUGCGCGCGUGCGCGGAAGAGAGCUGAGGGGCUGGGGUGCCGGCCGGCCUGGCUUGAGCGGUUUGAGACAAGAUGCAGGACCCCAACGCAGACACCGAGUGGAAUGACAUCUUACGAAAAAAGGGCAUCUUGCCCUCAAAGGAAAGUUUGAAAGAAUUGGAAAAGAAGGCUGAGGAGGAGGAGGAGCAGCGAGCCCUGCAGCGGUCAGUCGUGAAAACAUAUGAAGAUAUGACUUUGGAAGAACUGGAGGAUCAUGAAGACGAAUUUAAUGAGGAGGAUGAACGUGCUAUUGAAAUGUACAGGCAGCAAAGACUGGCUGAGUGGAAAGCAACUAAAUUAAAGAAUAAAUUUGGAGAAGUUUUGGAGAUCUCAGGAAAGGAUUAUGUUCAAGAAGUUACCAAAGCCAGCGAGGGCUUGUGGGUGAUCUUGCACCUCUACAAACAGGGGAUUCCCCUCUGUGCCCUGAUAAAUCAGCACUUCAGUGGACUUGCUAGGAAGUUUCCUGAUGUCAAGUUUAUCAAAGCCAUUUCAACAACCUGCAUACCCAACUAUCCUGAUAAGAAUCUGCCCACGAUAUUUGUUUACCUUGAAGGUGACAUCAAGGCUCAGUUUAUUGGACCUCUGGUGUUUGGUGGCAUGAACCUGACAGUAGAUGAGUUGGAGUGGAAAUUGUCUGAGUCUGGAGCCAUCAAGACAGACCUGGAGGAAAACCCUAAGAAACCUAUUGAAGACGCGUUGCUAUCUUCGGUGCGGUGCUCUGUCCCUGCGCGGAGGGACAGCGAUUCCGAGGAGGACUGAGGCUGCAGUGACACGCCAAACUUUCUUGAUGUGACACAUCAUCUGGAUUUUUUAAAAAGGAAAAAGCAGAAAUGUAUCCUUUGGUUUUUAGCCUUUUAUAACUAUGUUUCAAAUCUCAUAGAUCUCAGAAAUAAUCAUUGCUAGGAAUCCUGUUAAAUUUCCUGGAACUCUCUUUUUAAAUUAAUAAUGUUUCCUUAAAAAAAUAAAAACCAGCUGUUAGUAUGGCAAA